GAUGUUUGAAGAAGUUGAGGAGCGGUGUGAUGCCUAUUUACAAACCUGGUGGGAACAAGAAGCUGCUGGAGUGUUAAGUAGUCUAUCGGGUUCAAAUGGGCCUCUGGAUACAGAACUCACCUCCUUACCUGAUUUAGAAAGUUAUGGUCACUCCGAAUCGGGGAGUGGAAUACAAACUAUGCAGUUAACACGGGAUGAACUGCUUUACGCAAACCAAUUGGAUUACUACCUUACCAUGCGUCUCACAUCUACCGAUUUCACACCUAUCCAAAAUGGAGUUCCUCGUGACUUACUAACAUAUAUGUCACGAACUCAAGAUUCAGUUUCUCGCGAAAAACAGUUAAAAACGCAGCUGAAAAAUCCUCAUUCUGAUAUCACGGAAAUAUGGAACAUUAUGAAGACAAUUUCUCAUCAUAUGCGUAAUGAGCACAGUAGUAUGUUAUCAUAUGACCAUCCAUUGGAAGUUCGAGCGUCUAUAUCUAUACAAAAUACUUUAUCACUAUGUUCUUUAGAACAUUUGGAGUCUGAGUUUCUAGAGUUUCUAAAAAUAACGAUUGCUAACCAGCCUCGAUUAGCUCGACUUGGUGGACGUCCAGGGACCCGAUCAUUAGUGCGUGCAUAUCUGAGUCUUCGUCUACCAUCCGACAACGUAGCAGAUGUUCCUUCUUUGAGUAACCUCUAUCAAUUAUCCGAACAAAACGGUUGGGAAUUUGAUGAUGGUCUUGUAGAUGGUGUUCCUGUGUGGCCAAUGAUUUUUUACUGCCUUCGAACGGGAGAUACUGAAGUUACUUUGGAAGUUGCUCGUGAUGCCUUAAACAACUUAGGAAACUUUGUAACGGUGCUAGAGGAUUAUGUAAAACAUAACCGCCGUCUCAGAACUCCCAACCAAGCAAGAUUUCGUCAGACAUGCAAACAAGUGAUCAAGUCUACUCGUGAUCCAUAUAAACGACUAACAUAUUCUAUUCUUGGCCAAUGUGACCUCACUGAAAAUCAUUCAGACAUUAUUUCAAAUAUAGAUGACUUUCUAUGGAUAAAGAUAUCUCAAGUUAUUGCUCAAGAGCCCUCAGAAUCAGUGGUUGCAUCAAAAAUUAGUAUGGAUGAUACUUUUACUUUAGGUCAAUUGCAAACUUUACUAUACGAAACCUAUGGUGAGGUGCACUUUGACGCAUGGUCUCAACCACUGGUGUUUUUUAAAAUACUUUGUCUUACUCAACAGUAUGAAGCUGCUAUUGGAUUUCUCGCUCGAUUUGAACAACUACGAUGCCAUGCUGUUCAUAUUGCUUUAGUUCUGAGAGACUUACAUAUGCUUUUACUUCCCAACUGGCUCCACGCGCCACUUGUGGUUCGUAAUGAUUACGAUCCUACAGGGUUUCGUAGGCUUAAUUUGGCUCGUUUAAUUAUGUUGUAUACGCGGAAAUUUGAAUUCACUGAUCCAGAAAAAGCCCUUAUGUAUUAUUACAUGCUUUCUGACAUCCCAAUUACUACUGAAAAGUCACCUGAAGAAGAUUCUAAUGCAACUAUUCCAAGUGGUCUAUACAAUACGUCUCUCGAACAUUUGACUGCUAAAGGUCAAAAUUUGUUCGUCCAAUGUGUUUGUGAAUUGGCUUUAGCAAACAAGGAGUUAGAUUUACUCUUGGGAUGUGUUGGUGAAAACGAUAUUCGCAAACCUGGUGCUAUCGACCGCUUUUGCAGGUCUGUAGAAUCCCGUCGAGAGUUGAUCCGUACUGUUGCUGAUGUUUUUGAGUCCACUGGUCAAGUAGUUGAAGCUAUUCAUUUAUAUUUACUAGCUUCUUCCUGUGGAGAUCCUAAACCUGACGUUCUAGUUUCUGUUACUUUGAUAAAUACUGUACUAUCAAGUGUCAUAGUAACAUCUGAUCUUGGGUCAACACCAAUUACACAAUCCCGAUCCGGAGGACAAUUGGAUCGUAGUUCACUUCUGAGACUUGCGACAGAGAUUGCUCAUAAAGUCCGCCGUCUAGGCUUAUCAUCAGAUGAUAGUAAUCAUCUCAUCCAAAAUGACAUGGAAACAAGUGUGACUGGAUCUACCUCGGCUAUAAAAAUAUUAUUUUACCUCCUCGAUUUGGCCGCGUUCUUCGACUUAGUUGAUGCAGAAAGAUGGCAAGCAGCUAUUGACCACAUAGAUCAGCUGGGUUUAUUCCCAAUUAAUUCGCAAGCUUCCAAUGUAGAAUUUUGUGCGAUGCUGUUCUCGCAACUCCCAGAUCUUGUUCGCCGCCCUCUGCCGUGGGCAUUAUAUGCUUUAAUGCGUUGCUUAUCAGCGAAGUGUGGUCGAGUUACAUCUGUCACAAGCAAUGAAACGCGAGCGGACAGCACUUCAAAAAUGGCUACUUCUGAAAUUCGCUCCAGAGCAAAGGCCUUGAUAGCAUAUGUUGGUCGUAUUCCGCACAGACUACCAAGUGAAAUUUAUGCUGGACUUACUAGGAUGGAUAUGGAGAUAAUAUAGUCUGCUACUGAAAUGCUUUCGAACAAUCAACUAUUAGUGUUGUGUACAUUAUCAAUACUUUCUGUGUACCUUUUCUACAAUAAAUUAACGAAUAAGGUUGCUAUCGUUGAUUAUCUCUACUGUUACUGUAAUGAUUUCACCACCGAAUCCACAUUCUGAAUGAUGAUCGCAGUAAAUUAGGUUACUAUCACAAUACAAACUUUCAGCGUAACCAAAAUUGUAUUAUUACAUCGGAAACGUAAAAAUUUUUUUUACAAAAUAUAGAUUCUCAUUACAAUUUUAUUACAAA